AUGGCGCAUCGCUCCCAGAGUUCCUCAUUGGGGGACAAUCCACUGGAUCCCAAUUACUUGUGUCCGCAUUACCGGGAAGAGUAUCGCAUGGCCAUUGAUGCACUGGUGGAGGAAGGCGUGGAGGGCUAUUACAACUUCUUACAAAAGACUAAUGUAUUUGACUUCUUAUCAAGGACAGAGAUUGACUACAUUAAAAGAACUGUACACACACCACAGAGUGCUGGAAAUGUACCAGAAUUGCUGUAUCAGGAAGUAGAUCAGGAUGGGUCUUCUGACACCUACUGGCCAAUGCACUCUGACUUGGAUGCACCAGGAUUGGAGCUUGGCUGGCCUCUGCAGCAACACAGUUUUGUGGGACCCACAGAGGUCACGACGCUGGUAAACCCCUCAGACCCUGAAACGCCAAGCAUUAAGGAGCAGGCCCGGCGACUCAUCAAAAAUGCUCAUCAGGUCAUUGCAGUGGUGAUGGAUAUUUUCACAGAUGUCGAUAUAUUUUCUGAUCUUUUGGAUGCUGCAGCACGCCAUGUGCCUGUCUAUAUUCUGCUGGAUGAGCACAAUGCCCAUCAUUUUGUUUCUAUGGUGACAAGCUGCAAAAUUAACCUGGACAUGAUCCAUAUGAUGCGGGUACGGACAGUGGCAGGCAUUACUUAUUUCUGCCGCUCAGGGAAGUCAUUUAAAGGUCAGGUGAUGGACCGAUUUCUUCUGACAGACUGCAGAGCAGUGCUCAGUGGAAACUACAGCUUCAUGUGGUCUUCUGAGAAGAUCCAUCGCUGCAUUGCCCAUUUAUUUCUUGGAGAAUUAGUUGCGGCAUUUGACGAGGAGUUUCGCAUUUUGUUUGCUCAGUCUCAGCCUCUUGUUGUUGAAAAUGCCCUUGUACCCAUGCCACAGGAUAAUACAAGUAGUUACCUUGGAAACCAGUUUGGCGUAAAAAGGACUCAGUCACUAAGGAAUCCCAGAGGAUUUCUUCGACAACCCGAACUUGGUGCUUACCCAUUUGGGGAUCGCGUUGACUCUGUACUGCCUUUUCGGAGAGAUGACCCAUUUCGCCAUACCAUUGAACCAGGUCCAAGUGCUAUGCAGGUCACAAAGUACGCAUCACAGCAGUUAAGGAUGCAACAGUCAUUCUUGGAUCAAGGAAGAUCAAUGCUCGCCUCCAGACAGCUGGAAAUGAACGCCUUUAAGAGGCAUAGCUAUGCUGAGGGCACUCGGGAAACCUACACUGGCUCUCGGCAGUUUAUGAAACAUCGUGUAAUGAACAACUUGGAGGAGAGUGAAUCUCAUUACCAGAGAGAACAACAUUACUAUCAGAGUGAGGGUAUAGGAGCUGAUUAUGACCGGAUUGCCUUUGGCAUGCACCAGACAGAUCAAUACUCUGAAUCUGCGUAUCCCCCAGAACUUGAAGCACAGGGAAAUCUUAAUAUUUUGUCUUCCGAUGACCUCCAUAGUGAUUCAGGGAAACAGCAUCCUGCAGGAGGUGGACGCUAUGACCCACAUGGCUACAAAAGGCCUGCUGUAGCUCACGCUUAUGCAUGUCAGAGUUCGCCAACCCAGCCACAUGCUCCAGAUCACAAGCAGCUGUUCUCCACUGGGGAGCAGGGAUUGCAGUCACAAGACCCAAGUGUGAAGCAAGGAUUGCGGAGCUGGAGAAUCAACUCUUUUCUUAACACCUAUGAAGAUGCUGGGGAGGAAGGCUUGAAUCAGCCGACGGGUCCAGAUGCCUUUGAUGAGCCACAGCAACAACCUGAGAGCAAACCUUAUUCCCAAGAGCCAUCAGCAUCUUAUUUCAACACAAAAGAAGUUCCAAAUAUCAAAACUAAGCCUAACCUUGACUUGCGUCCACGUUACGGUAAACCUAUCUUACCAGAUAGGAAUCAAGUAAAAGAUUUUAUUGAUGUUGGUCCAACAGGAACCGAAACAUUAAUGAAGCCAGCAAUUUCAGCUUCAUCACUAGCGUCAUCAACGGAUAAUGACAAGGACGGGGAAAAUAAAGAAUCAAGGGAGAUCAGCCUUACAAAGCACGAGUCAUUCCGAACUCGAAUUAAUCCAAUGCUGCAAAGGAGCUCAAGAUUACGAUCUUCUUUAAUCUUUAGCUCCUCUAAGUUGGAGCAGCAUAGCUCCUCAAUGGCUAAGUCUGGUGGGGAUUUACAAGAGGAAAAAGAGGAAAGUGAGCCUGCUCGGUACUCAUCCAUUGUGGCGGAGAUUCUGGAGAAGAGAAGAUCACUUUCAAGAGAGCCUUUUGAUUGGAAUAAGCUCAAAAAAACGGAAGAUAAUAAAGAUAGCAAAAAUUCAUCAACAGGAGAUCUAACAGCACUCAAAGAUGCCACAAACAUCAAAGAGCAGCCCAUCAAAGAAAGGGACACACCUCGCAACUCUGUAACUGAAGACCAACAAAGCAAAGUUACACAGCCAACUGAGCCUUUAAAAACUCAGCAAACACCUUCUUAUCUAAAUAUGAAUGAUCCAGCAAACCGACUUCAGUACUUCAAUGAACUGUCAGCAAAGAGAAAAGCAACGAAAUUAGAAUUGGAGUUAGGUACUACGAACCGGGAACCAGCUGUUAUAAAACCAGAUAUCUCUGAUAAACCACUGAAUGCAACAGAGGGCAAAAUUCCAAGUGUAUCGAUUACUACUUCAGCGGACCCAGUAGUAAGAAAAACCGAACCCACUGCAAAACCACCCGUCACUCCACCAAAGCCAAAAUCUUUUGAACUCAGUGUCGACAGGGAUUACACAAACAGUAAAACUCAGACGACAACAACAGAAAACAAAGCUGAUGCAGCAAAAAAAGAGCCGGCUAAGGAACCGACUAAGACACUUAAGCCUUUCCCCUCACCCAAGUUUUUAAAACCGUUCAAACCUUCCCAAACUCGUCGGGUCUCGUGCGGCGAGGAGAUUCUCACAGACGCAACCGAUGCUGAAAAGAGUGAACUUAAGAAGUCUCGUAGCCUCAGUACUUCAGGCAUGUCACACACAGACUCCAAAGAAAGUCUAACCCUCACUCGUCAGGGAUCCAAUGCCUCCUUAAACCUCGCGGGCUCCGAUGGCAAAGAUACAAAGGCCCUCGACUUCCUUAAAAAACAAACACAGAGACUGAAGGGUUUCCUUGGUCCAAAGGGAGACAAAAAACAUUCAGGAGUCUCAGGCUCAACGGAGGACAAGACAAUGAAAACAGUCCCUGAGGUGCAAGAGGAGCCCUCGGAAAAGGAGAAACAUUCAGAAUCCUCAACGACACUGGAAAACAACAAACCCAAUGCUAAACCAACACAAUCACGUUAUCAGUCCUCUACCUCGAGUGUGCUGUACAGCAGCAACCUCAGGGAUGACACCAAGGUGAUCCUUGAGCAAAUCUCUGCAAAUAGCCAGAAAAAUAGACAGGAAAUGGCCAAGCAGACCGAAGAGCCUGGGAAAGCCGAAGCGGACAAGAAAGAUGAAGUCUCCAACUUCCAGUCUCGGAACCGGUUCGGUCGAGCUUCAGUUAACCCACAGGAGAGAGACAAUCUGCUGAAGAGAAUAGAGAGCAUGCGCAAAGAAAAGAAAGUCUACAGUCGCUUUGAGAUGGGAAAUAACCUAGGAUAACAAAACAUGGAGGAAAGGGGCCGAUUUCCACAAAGAACUACUACCAAACAUUCCUGAUACUGCUGUGGAAAGACAGAAAAGCAAGCAAGUUGCUUCAGAUAAAAGCGUAUGCUAAGAACCCAAACGGUCCAUGGAUCUCAUAUAAACAGAACCCGAAAAUAGCACAACCUCAAAUAUGAGGAGUCUUGGAGCAGCAAGAGGAAUAUUCCUCACCCUGUGCCAACCUAAGCCCAUAGAUGAUUCAGAUUAUGUCCUUAUAAGGCAUACUGUACCUCAGAACAGUAAUCACACAUCAUUACUGCAAAAUAGAAAUCAGACCAAAUGAGGAUCUGACUUCUUUUUUUUAUCAAAACAUUUUUUACUAUUUUGCACCAUUUCCAGCCCUGGUAAAGGAAAUUAACAUGUCUAGGCAGGAGCUAAGAUAUGCUGCUCAGAAGGGAUCAAACACACCCUUACUAGUGUACGCCACACAAACAACCCCAGGAUAUGUCAUGCUAAAAUUAUGCUUUGGUAUGACUCCGUGCCAAUGGAUUACACACGGAGGAAAACAACAUGGUAGACAAUGCUUCUUCGUUUAAAUGCAAGGAAUACAGAAGCUCAGCGCCCUGAAACUGUCUAAUGAGAUUACAAGAAAGUAUGCAAGGGAUGUAUGAAAGUGACGUGAAUGAAUAGGAGACAUGUUCAUCCAGUUUUCUUUUCUAUUAACAGAUGACUGUCAGUGGAUGUAAUGAUAAAGUCGCGUGAAGGGUUGGACUGCAGUUUUUCUAUUUGAUAAACUAGAUAAAAUAGGUUUUUACAAAGAACUUGCAGUAUAAUGAUUUUAAACACUAUACUAGACAUGUACAUUUCUACAUAAACUGUGUUUUUAGAAGAAAUUGUAAAGUAUGAGAUUGAUAAAGGUGUUCUCAGGACUGUAUUUUGUCAAUGCAAAAUGUAAUUACAGACAGAAUGGUAUUACUAAAAACCAAAGAAUUCAUAGAGCGCCCUACUGGAAUGUGUCAUAGGACUGAUUAAUGCAAACUGGAAUUUAAUGAGGGAUAUCCGAUUGAGGAAUAUCAUGGAAUUUAUUUAUAGUCUUUCUAGUCGAUUGCAAAGCUGAGACAUGAGUGUCAUUGCAAUGGUUUAUGAUUAUAAAUACCAAUUUUGACAUCUAGACAUGUUUACAAUUUUUUAUUCUCAUGUCAAUUGUUAAUAAAUAGAUAAGAAACUUUUUCAAUUCUAGCUAUGGGAAAUAAUGGGUUUUAACUAUCAUUUUUCACACACACACAAAAAAAGAUGUUACAACACAAGGUUAAAAGAAGAAUAGAAUCGAACAGAACGGAUUAUCUAAAGAUUUGCUGUAAAGCUGUAUAACAUUAGUAUUUGAUGAAAUAAGGCAUGAACUGACUGAAGUGAUGCUCACGCAGAAAUGCAAAACGCAGAUGAGCUAUUCAGGUUGUCUUGUCACACGUAUCCAUUUGCAUCUUUGAAGUCUGGUAGUGGUUUAACCUGUCCUGCAGCUCAGCCAACUGCUCAUGCUUCUGUUGCUCUGCGGGGAUAUGCACACAAACAUACACAGUAAAAUAUCAGAUUACUUUGAAGAUGAUGUAGAGGUGCCUUUUUAAGAACUGUCGAUAUAAACUUUGAAAGUUCAGGCCAUGUGAUAACAUUCCUGCACGAUUGCAAGUCUUUCAAUUUUCAGAAUAUAUACAAACUCUCUGUAACUGGCCAAGUGAGUCAUUUGGUAAAAAUGGCUAUUUUGACCUCUAUGUCUAAAUAAAGCUUGAAAGCACGGACAGUGUUACACUCAA